CAACUUAUUAAGUCAAUUCACAAAUUUAAAAAUCUUGAAGAAUUACAAAUAUCUACAUCAGUGAAAUUCUCGCCUUCACACAUAAAACAAUUAGAAAAGCAUAGGAGAUUAAAAUAUGUUACAAUUAUUCACGGACCUCUUUUAAAUGCACGAUCCCGUAUUCAAGAAUCUAGACUUGAAUCAACAGUUGGGAUGAAUAUUACUUUACUUACACCGCCAUUUUUAGUUUAUUCUAAAGGAGGGGGAGGUGAUGGUCCUUCUUCAUCAUCUGGUUCGUAUGGUGGUAGCUCAAGUUCUAGUUCAAAUUCCUAUACAUCAUCAUUAUGGGUCUUUUGGUAUUAUGAUGAUGGAGGUAUUAUUUUAUGUGGAAUUUGGAGAUGUUAUAUGAUAAGAAAAUUUUAUAGAGACGAUCGUAUAUAUAAUACUACUGAAUAUGAAACAGCAUUUGAUGCUUUUGCGAGUGAACAUGAAAUUCCAACAAAUAAUCGUAGUCGAAAUCAAUCAGAAUUACAAUAUCCUCCGUUAAAUGAUCCACCACCAGCUUACGAUACAGCAUAUGGUGCUGAAAGGCAUUUACAUGGUUUAAGACAUAAUGCCAAUUUUGAGGCAUAUAAAGCUGGUAGACAGUUUACCCGAGAUAAUCCUCCUCAUGAAAUUUUACCACCAAGAGAACAUAUUAUGAACAUUAUAUUAAAUGGAGGUCCUAAAGCUUGGAAAAUGGUAAUAUUUGAUCAUAAUGCUAAUGAUCUUGUAAGUGUAUCAGAUAGAGGACGUACUGUAACAUUCCAUGGAAAAAAUGAUAUAAUGGUACAAGCAAAUUAUCCGCUUUUCAGGCCACAGCUUAAUAAUGAUGAUUCCUCACAACUAAAUUCAAUCAUAGUAAAUUCAACAAUUUCGAAUAAUAUACCACCACCAUCAGAUUUACCACCAAAUUAUGAACAGA